AUGGUGUGCCAAGCAGCGAGCCAAACAAGAUUCCGAGCAUUAAAACAUGAGUAUGGCAUUGAAGGUGAAGCAACAAUUAUUGUUAGAGUGAUAGCAUGCUUUCAACCUUUGCAUUUUUGUCAGGCUGAGUACUUCCGUCAUUUGCUUAAGCCUAUGGUUAAAGCUGACAGGUCCUUGCCUUGCUCACACCAUGUGGCUUGGCAAUCACCUUUGAAUAACUUCAGCAUGCUGCCUAAGCCCAGUUCACUUGGUCUCCCAACAUUUCUGAGCUCAAGCACUUCCAUCUUACCCCAUGGGCUUGCAGCUCCUUCUAUCCGAAGUCUGAAGACUGAGCUAACAAAUGAAGUGCAGGGAUACCUUCAGUAUUACAACACAGACACAAGUUUGAAAGAAACGCAUCUUGGAGGAGCUUUACAAAGUGCAAAUCCCUCUUUGAAGAAGAGGUUACUGAUCUUUGACCGCUCUGAUAAUAAAACAAGGUUGUUUUAUGGUCCUAUCCCUCUUGUCCAGACUCCAACUGUUACUGCUACGAAGUUUGCUCAAAGUUAUAACUUAAAUGGGGAGGAACAGGCUAGUAAUGAGGGUCAAAAGCAUCUUGCCAGUUACAGUUUACUGGAAGAGUCUGUUAAGGAUCAUGCAGUUCUUGAAGAAAGUGAAAAGCAUGAAGAUACAGAAGAAAUAAAUGCAUUGCUUUAUUCCGAUGAUGACAGCAGUGAAUAUGAUGAUGAUAAUUGUGAUGAGGUAACAAGUACAGAUCGUUCUCCUUUGGCAAGUAAAAGGACUUAUGCGAUACCAGAACAAUUUGAAGACUUGAAGGAGGAGGUUGCUAGUUCUUAUUCGCAUAACAAACGGCUGAAGUUAAUUCAUGAUGACGACAAUAGAUCAUCCCCACAUGCGGACAUAUGUAAUUUGGUAAAACCAAAUGAACCCUGGGACAGUGUUAGUGAUGCUGAAUCAAAGUACUCUAGUGGCUGGACAUAUUCUGUUCAUAAAACUAAAGUAGAUGAUUCAGUGGUGUGUGAUAUCAAAUUAAGAAAGGAUAAGAUCCGCGAAUCUUUGACAGUUCUCGAGAAUUUAAUUCCUGGUGCAAAAGGAAAGGAGCCAAUCUCAGUCAUUGAUGGAACUAUUGAGUACUUGAAAAUUUUGAUGUCCCAAACUGGUUCUCUUGGGGUGGAAUAUCACUAA